CUCGAGAUACAAGAACACACUGAUUGCUAUAUAGAUAUAAUGUUGAUGUCACUACUAACAAACUUUUCUAUUUUAACUGUCAUUCACAGCAACUGUCAUCAACUAACCAUCUGAAUAUUUGGAUAUAGGAAAUUGUGAAAAUCUUCAAAACAAAACUCAAGUGUGUAGUAAUUUUAUUGUGAUAUAUAUUUGCCAUAAUAUUUGUUUCAAUUUCAGUCAGUGACAUAUUCUGCAUAAUUAAAUCUUUACGGAUAAUAUUUAACUUUUUUGUGGAUACCUGUGAGUUAUUUUAAGUCACUCUCUAUUUUCAAGAAUGAAGUUGUUUAUUCCUGUUCUAUGUUUAGUUGGAGUGGCACAAGUGUUUAGUUUACAGACGUGUCAGCAAGAUGUAAAUUGUAAAUUACCUGAUUGUUUGUGUUCUAGUUUUUCCCACCGAGGAAACUCAAAGAACUAUCCACAAAUCGUCUAUUUUGGUUUCGACGAUGCACUCACUCAAACCAUGGCCAACCACUAUCGUUUUCUGUUUUCUCCAGAUAGGAAAAAUCCGAACAAUUGUCCCAUAAGAAUGUCUUUAUAUAUACAACACAAUUAUACAGACUACAACAUUGUACAUGAAAUGUAUAAGAAAGGAAUGGAAAUUGGUGUACACAGUGUAACACACCAGAAUAUCGAUACAAGAGCUAAAUUACUUAACGAGGGAAAACAACAACGUGAAAAUCUGCACAAACUUGGAAAGGUGCCACUGGAACAUAUCCUUGGAUGGCGAAGUCCUAACCUGAAAACUGCUGGAGAUGCCCAACCAGAUGUGUUGAAACAACUAGGAUACCUCUAUGACAUAUCUUUAACUUUCACUAGGAGAAGUUAUGGGGAUAAAAAACCUUUGCCCUUCACGCUGGAUUAUGGUAAUCCAUUACCAUGUAUGGUUAAACCGUGUCCCGGCAGAUCAUCAGUUCAUAAAGGCUUUUGGGAAAUUCCAAUCAAUUCUUUGAUCGAUUAUAAAAGUCAGUAUCCAUGCCCCUAUGUUGACGGAUGUUACAACGGUCCAAAAUCAACCAGUGAUUCGUUCGAUUAUCUGUAUAAGAAUUUCAUGGACUACUAUAAAGAAGGUCGAGAACCAUUCGGAUUCCACAUGCAUGCCGCUUGGUUUGAGGUAAAUCAUAACAGGGAGGCAAUGGAUAAAUUCAUCAAACAUAUAGUUUCAUUGCCCGACGUGUAUAUCGUUACAGUAAAACAGAUGUUAGAUUGGAUUCGAAAUCCCGUUCCAUUGUCAGAACUUCAUAGGUUGACCUCUUGGGACUGUUCA